CAGCCAUCGAUUUGUACUGUUGGGCGUUCUCUCUUCCUUUUCAGAAAAAAGCCCUUUUUAUUUAGCGAGUCUGCUAGGAAAGACGAGAGAGAGACGCCCUCUGCACCCCCGCCCCCUCCAUAAAACCAUAAGAAAAAAAAAAAAGGAAAAUUUGUUUCUGUGUACUUCCUUGAAUCUCUCUUUCGUUAGUGAUCGAAGAGCUGCAGCCUGCAAGGGAAUCCAGCCCCCUUUCUCGUGCUCUCUAUUAAAAGUUUUCUUCUUCUGAUUCUCCGUCUUAUUGUUUAUUUCUCUGCGUUUACUGAGCUUCGAUUGGAGCGUUUAAGCAGCCUUUGUAUCUGCAGCCGCCGUAGCAGCAGAAGUUGGUUCUAAAUUCGUGAAAAGUUGGAAGAUUCGCCAUCUGUGUUCUAUUGGGUUUAGCUUGUUGGAUCUGUAGAUCUAACCCUUUUGCUUUCGCCCACUCUAUUUAGCUGUUUCUUGUUCUUAGAUCUCCCGUUAAUUUUUUCCUGUUUGGAAAUUUGCGGCUGCCGCCUGAGCCCUGAGCCAGGGGAACUCCGCAUAUAUCGCGUAAACAGGAAGAAGAAAACCCCCAAAAUUAGAUUGGAAGCUGGGAUUUAUCGAUCUGGUGAGUUCUGUUAUUGGGAAACUGAAGAACCAAGGGGAAACAUUUUGCAUCCAAGAUUUUGGAUGUGGAGGAAAUUGAGGCUGCCUCGGCUGAGAUGAGGCAUGUUAUCAAGGUUGAUGAACUUAUUGAGGGCCUGCUGGGGCCCAUCCUUGGAUGGUUGUGGCAACACAGGUUCGGAUUCAGCCGGCCGGCAAGAGGGACUGCUUUGGUACAAAGACUUGGGCCACCACUUAACUGGUGAAUUCUCCAUGGCCGUAGUGCAAGCUAAUAACUUGCUGGAGGACCAGAGCCAGCUUGAGUCGGGCCCUUUGAGCACCCUCGAGUCUGGUCCUCACGGAACUUUCAUUGGUGUUUAUGAUGGCCACGGAGGGCCUGAAACUUCACGGUUCGUGAAUGAUCAUCUCUUCCAGCACUUGAAGACAGAUUUCACUUCAGAGCAACAGUGCAUGUCUGUGGACGUGAUAAAGAAAGCAUACCUAGCAACUGAGGAAGGGUUCCAUUCUGUGGUGACCAAACAGUGGCCCAUGAAGCCUCAGAUUGCAGCUGUUGGGUCUUGUUGUUUAGUGGGUGUGAUCUGUGGGAGUACCCUUUACAUUGCUAAUGCUGGAGAUUCCAGAGCUGUGCUUGGCAAGUCUGUCAGGGCAACUGGGGAGGUUCUGGCUGUCCAGCUGUCAUCAGAGCAUAACGUCAGCAUAGAAUCUGUUAGACAGGAGAUGCACUCUUUACACCCUGAUGAUAAGCAGAUUGUUGUCUUGAAGCAUAAUGUAUGGCGAGUGAAAGGCCUCAUUCAGGUUUCUAGAUCCAUUGGAGAUGUAUAUCUGAAGAAGGCUGAAUUUAACAGAGAGCCCUUAUAUUCCAAAUUCCGGCUUCGGGAACCUAUCAGGAGACCAAUAUUAAGUGCUGAGCCGGCGAUCUCUGUGCAUGAACUCGAGCCUCAUGACCAAUUCCUCAUCUUUGCAUCCGAUGGGCUGUGGGAGCAUCUUAGCAAUCAAGAUGCAGUUGAUGUAGUACAAAACCACCCACGCCAUGGAAUCGCCAGGAGACUGGUGAAGGUGGCACUGCAGGAGGCCGCCAAGAAGAGAGAAAUGAGGUACUCGGAUCUGAAGAAGAUUGACCGUGGGGUCCGUCGCCAUUUCCACGAUGACAUUACCGUCGUGGUUGUGUUCCUCGACUCGAAUCUCGUGAGUAGAGCUAGCACAGCUAAAGGGCCUACAGUAUCAGUCCGAGGGGGAGGGAUUCACCUGCCUGCGAAAACACUAGCCCCAUGCACACCUCCCUCAGAAAUAAUGAAUCCCAACUAGUGAAUGAAGCUCUCAUUUCUCUACCCUCCCAUCAUCAUAGCUCUCAUCUCUCUACCCUCCCAUCAUCAUCACCUGUUCCAGGAGUACGAUGUUCCCCUCUAAUAACAAGAGCUCAGACGGAGAGAAGGAUAUAAUGUAUGGGUUCUCUUUAAGCUUCGUUGUGCUGAAAGGAAGAGGGGAAAAACAAAGGAGCUACCAAGGUGACCCACGGACAGACACUAGGAGUACAACAUAUUCUUCAUCUAGGCAAAUUUCAUUCAGCCUUUACAGUUCUUUUGCCUCUUUUUGUUCUUGUAAAUUAUGCGAGACAGGCACCUCUUUCCUCAAUUCAUGAAUUUAUGCAUCCACUUUGUUUUAGUACUGUGUUUUUCCCGUCUUGAAAUACCAAUGUUCUCCCUUGUGGCCUUGUUCCCUAACUGACUUUAGCAUAACUGUUGACAAGUCUC